AUGGAGUCGAGCGCUCGGGCACCUGGGUCCGACAGAGGGCUCCAAUUGCUGAUCAUCACUGUCGUCAUGACGGCUGUUUCGGGCAUUUUUGUUAUGCUACGUCUGCUUUUUGUUGUGUUCUUCGCCGUUUGUAAUGGCAUUGCUAUCAAGCAUGGAUUCGGGAAACACACCGUGACCGUUCCGCAUUCAGAAAAGCUCGAGGCGCUCAAGGUGAGACUCUGUUCCAUCUGUUAA